GUCUCGUUUAGUGCCUUUUUUUUUUAUUAUUUGUUUGUCUCUAUAGAAUCUGAGAAACCGUGUAGCCAGCUUUCUGGCUCACCUACCUCACUAACUAUCCCUUAAAGAGACCAAUUCUGUGUCAUAAUAUAUUUAUAAGACAAAAACAAGUGAAAAAGAUUACGUCUUUUUUGGUUUUAAAGACCAUUGAAUUAUGGGUUUCACUUGUAUUGUUUCUUGGGUUAGUGGGGUCCAUAGAGUUGAGUUUCAUUGACAAUGUUGUAGGAGAUAGAUUUCCACCAAAACACACCUCCAACAACCCCAUCACCAACAACCCUUCUCUUAUGUUCCCUUAAAAACCUUGUUGGAGGGGGUGUUUUGUUUUGUUUGUUUUUUUUUGGUUUGCAUUUGCUUUGUGAAAUUUGCAGUCCUUUUCACUUUUUAAUGGCUGCUUCUCACAUAUGGGUUAGCCCUUUAAGGCCUCAUUCUAAUGUAGGUGUGUCAGAUUUGGGGUUAAGGAGAUGUGUGGAUAUGAGGUGCAAUUGGGAUCUUGAGAGGCUCCCUAGAUGGGAAUGUUGUUGUUUGAGUGUUUUGGCUCAAAGAGCUAUCACUCCUGUUGAAGAUGAGAAGCCUUUAAUUCCUCAGGUGGAGACUUCUGAGGCAAUUGAUCAGGUUCAGGACACUCAGUCCAGGGGGUUUCACAAGGAUUUGAACCUUCUUCCUAAACCGUUAUCUGCUACAGAUAUUUUUUCUUCUCCUCGAAAUAGUGCAAAAGUACGGGUUGCAUAUCAGGGGAUGCCAGGUGCCUACGGUGAGGCUGCUGCGCUCAAAGCAUAUCCAAAGUGUGAAACUGUCCCAUGUGAAGAGUUUGAAGCUGCUUUCAAGGCAGUUGAACUCUGGCUAGUGGAUAAAGCAGUCCUCCCCAUUGAGAGUUCAGUGGGUGGCAGCAUCCACCGCAAUUAUGAUUUACUCCUUCGCCAUAGGCUGCAUAUAGUAGGGGAGGUGCAGAUGGUAGUUAACCAUUGCCUUUUGGGAUUGCCUGGUGUACAGAAGGAGGAAUUGAAACGUGUUUUGAGCCACCCCCAGGCACUUGAUCAAUGUGACAUGAUAUUGACCAAAUUAGGUGUUGUCAGAGUUAGUACUGAUGAUACUGCAGGUGCUGCUCUGAUGGUUGCGGCAAGUGGUGAAAGAGAUUCUGGUGUGAUCGCUAGUGAUCGUGCAGCAGAAAUCUAUGGCCUUAACAUUCUAUUGGAAAAAAUCCAGGAUGAUGAUGAUAAUAUUACCCGCUUUUUGAUACUUGCAAGAGAACCUAUAAUUCCUGGAACUGACAGGCCCCAUAAGACAAGCAUUGUUUUCACUCUGGAAGAAGGUCCUGGCAUGCUGUUCAAAGCACUAGCGGUGUUUGCUUCGAGGGACAUUAACUUGACAAAGAUAGAGAGUCGCCCACAAAGAAAGCGUCCAUUAAGGGUUGUUGAUGAUUCUAACAAGGGAAGUGCCAGGUACUUUGAUUACCUUUUCUACAUUGACUUUGAAGCUUCCAUGGCAGAACCUCGGGCUCAGCACGCUAUGGCACAUUUGCAGGAAUUUGCUAGCUUUCUUCGUGUUCUUGGCUGCUAUGCAACAGAUUCAGCUCUUUAGAUGGUCAUCCAACCUGAAACAGAGAGAUUAUGAUUCAGCUUUUGUUGCUGUACAUAUGCAUGAUUCAGAUAAAUCUAGAGUUGGAGAAGAGAUCCCUGGGGUGUCCUGGAAACGUUCUCUUUGGCAUGAUCUCUCCUCCAUUUUCAAUUCUCUUUCAUAAUUCUUUUCACUCCCCCAAAAUUGGGGUUUCAAGGUGUAAGUUGUAACCAUUGGAAGCCUAAAUAGACUCUGCAUUCACACGGUUUCUUUAAACAAUUAGUGCAUGAGAUGUGUAUCCCUUUCACUCCUCCAAUAUUUUUGGACCUGCAAGAUUUAAUAACAUGGUCUUUAAAGCAUUGAUAGUUUUA